GCGGUAUCGGCAAUUGACUUCUAAACAUCUGGUCUCUGAAGUUCACGUUCACUGAGCUACUAUACGGUGAAAAUGAAUAAACCAGAGGAGCUUUGGAGCAUCGCUGUAAAAGAAGGGCUGAAUAAUUAUGAACGUAAUGGGCAACCGGAAAUCCAAACUCUGUUUUUAGUGGGAGCUCCUAAAUCCGGGAAAACUACUUUGAUUCAUGCUUUUCUGGACAAAGAUGAUGAGCCUAAGGUUUCACUUCCUGUGGAAUACACGUAUAUUCGAAGGACUAACAAACAUAUGGUAAAAGACAUCUGUUACAUCUGGGAAGUCGACACUGCGAACAUUAAUUUCAUUAAUCUGUUAACGAAAAACGAAGAGCUGGAAAGGAUUUCUGUAUUGUUUGUUAUAGAUCUUGUGGAUGUUCACGAUCUAUGGAAUGCCUGUAAACGUAUAGAAGAACUUAAGAUAAACUUCGAGGCAGAACAAAAGACUGUUAUUGCAUUCGGAAUUUUAGGGACGAAAUACGAUCUUUUUGAGAGUUUAUCAACUGAGAAAAAGCUCAUUCUUUGUCGAAUCGCAAAACACUAUGCUACCAUAGUUGAUGGUCAUUUGAUUUUUUGCACCAGAAAAGAUCGGACCACAAUGAAGGUGGCUAAAGAUCUAUUUUCACACUUGGCAUUUACAACAAAAUUUAGCCAUCCGCUUCGAUUCGAUUUGAGUUCUCCUGUAAUAAUUCCAAAAGGUGGUGAGAAUAAAAGUGAUAUCAACUACUUACACAACACAUUUGAAAUACAGUUCGCUCAUUUGGUAAGUGAAAUUUAAAAUCGUUAAUGUAUACCCACCACCAUUUACGCUUCAAUCCCUUGAGCCGCGAAAAUGUUGAUACAGAAUUUAUAAUAGCUACAACUAAUUUUAAAAUACAAAUAAUCUGUUGGUUUACUAUUACAGCCGGUCACUAGUAAUCUGAAUGACGACGAUCCUGCCAAAGAUCUAAGUUAUGCAAAUGAAACAAUCGACAAAGAAAGAAAGAAAUACCUUGAGAAAAUCGAAAAAGCACCUUAAUAUCUGUGACACAACUGUGUCUACGUGAGAAAACAAUACAACGCAGGCGUUUUGCCAACAAAA